CGUACGAGUACGAGUACGAGUAUUCGUUGGCGUGUCAAUUUUUUUUUCUCUGCAUUAAGUUACAAUUUUUACCGUAUUCAUAGUGAUGGAUCGAACAAAAGAGUACCGUAUGUCAAUAAAACUUCGGAUGGCAACAACAGAGAAUGCUUUCAUAGGCUACGAAUAUGGGAGGUAGUGCGGCAAUAGUUUCACGAUCCGUUUACACGGAUCGAUUGCGUCGGGCUUUCAUUUUACGAUGCCAUCCCGAUCGAUUUCGACGCUACGAUGAAAAAAUUCGAAAACAACAAAGCGUUCUUCUGCAGGUAAAGUCCCAUGUAUCAUACAAAAAGAACCCCUUAUUUUUUAUCAAGUGGCUUCACUCCUCCUCAUAUAUUCUUCUUGUUUGGCUUUAUGCAAAAAGGCACUUUCCGAACGAAUGAUCGAGGCCGACUUCAAGGAUUACACCUCGAAUAUUUCACGGAUAGAAAACCCUAGGACGAGACACAAUAACCAACAAAACGUUGUACAAUAUGCAAUGGAAAAGAGAGAUGGAUCGCUUCUGCACCGGACAUUGGAUCUCAAUGCUUCUGUCGAGAAUAUACUCAAAAACCUAGCAUCUGCACUCGAGUUAUCUGGCGCUGCAAAACUCCCUCCUCCUCCUGCGCCGUUACCGUUGUCGUCGAGAACCAAGCAUUCAAACGACAACGACCAGAUCCAUUGGACAAAAUAUGAUCCCCACGACAGCAUCAAAGGAGAAAGCAAGGGUGGUAGCACCAUAGACCACCGUUACGAUGUGAAUUCGAACCGAGGGAGGGAUCUGGAGAGAUUUCUUUCCUCUGUAACCCCAUCCCAAAUCGAAGAACGGAAGGCCUACAGAAUGGAUGCCACUGCGGCGGCUUUGGUGGCUCGUCGGCUUUUUUCAUUCCAAUCGAUCGAUGGAAUUCGUUUGGGUUGGUCUUCCAAAUCAUUUGCCGGCUUGUUGUCCUCCCUGAUACGAUUACACGAAGAAUAUCAACACAGAUUCAACGUUCAAUCGUUCUAUCCUCUGGGGCUUGUGUUUACAAACAACGAAAAGAAACCGGCGUUGGACGUGUACGGAGGAAAUAUUUAUUUGACCCCUUCAGGAACGCAGCUUGAAUGGCUAGAGUCCAUCAGAGAAGUAACAGAAGAACGAUUGGAUGAAUUCCUUGCGUAUAGACGAAUCAUGACGGAACGGGUCGCUUUGCUGCAGGAGGGACUUGUCGGUGAUAGAAGAAACAUUGCAAAUGGUAAGCACGACAAUACAACAAAAGUAAAGAAGGGAUUCACCUGCCCUUCCUUUGAGUAUUACAUGUUUUUACAAAGAGCCACCGAGCCCUAUAGAAAUAUGCAAUCCAUAUCUAUGGAGAUUCCCAUCGCAGAGAGAAACGGGUUUGUGCCGGCAAUAUCUCAAUCAUCGCUGAGCACUACCGGUCACCUACGACUUGUAGUUGAAUCGCCUGAAUCUUGUCGAAGACCGAAAGUCACUCGAGAAGGAUUUAUUCAAGUUCCUUCUACGAUCACAAGCGAAGAUCUGACUUUGUCGGUUUCAAAGUUGUCUGGGUUGGCGAAAGAGCGCUGGGAUGUAGAGCAGGAGAAAAAACACAAAUGCCGCGAAGCUAUUGAACAAGUACAAUGGAAAUUUGGUCUGCAAAAGGUCUCUCGAUCCAAUGAACGCGUUCGCUGGGAAGACUUUCUUAGCGCACUCUCCCGACUUAUCGACCACGAGACCCAACUUGAAGAAGGAGAGCUAGCUGGGUCUAAUUUACAAAUAAGUACGAAUGGCCAUUGCCAUCUUUCCGACGACGGCAGUUUAGUUAUUCCGCAUAAUUGGACAAUAUCAGCGUUAUGAACACAUCAAUUGAUCUUCAAAACUUGUGAUCAAAAGGCUUGAUUAAGAGACUAAACCGAUUCGCAUUCC